AUGGAGACAGACACUUGUUUUGUGCUUAAUUGCACUAAUUUUGAUGAUACACUGAUGGAAGAUGUACGAGCUCAACUGGAAAAGGAUGGAUACGUCAAAGUGAAAUGUGAACAGAUUCCAAACAAUGACUGUAACAAAGCAGCACUGGAUAUAAUUGAAAAAAUUGGUGGUGUUUGCUGUCUAUACAAUGAUGACGAAAAUUCUUUUAUCUGGCCUGUGAAAGUUUUAGAAUUGGACACACCUGAAUCAAAACUACAAGCUUCACAAUUAGAUCGAGAACUUGUUUUCCAUACAGAUUGUUCAUAUGAACAUAAUGCACCAAAAUUUGUUGCACUCUACGUUGUUCAAUGUGAUCGCAGUGAAGACGGAGGUAAAUUUCAAAUGGUUAAAGCUAUUGACAUUCUCAACAGAUUGUCGGAAAAAAGUCAAUACUUAUUGAGAUAUGAAGCAUAUCAAAUAAAUGUACCGCCUGAUUUUCGAAAAGGUGAUAUUGAUUAUAUUUGUGGAUCAAUUAUUUUGGGUGAUGGUCAUCUACGUUAUCGACGGGAUAUUGUUGACAAUAAACGAUUAAGCAAUGAAACAGCUGAAAAACAAGAAGCUGUUAAGGAGCUAAAUUCGAUUAUUUUGGCUGAGGAUAAAUUGAAUGUGUUUCGUCCAGUGCUUGAUAAUAAUAUGAUGGUACUGUUUGAUAAUACAAGAUUUCUUCAUGGUAGAACAAGGAUCAAAGAUCUAGAGCGGUAUUUGUUGCGAAUAAGGUUUAAUUUGGUUAAUUAA